UUCAUUCACUGUUUUAUGCGUUUUGAGAACAGCACCGCUGUGUUAGCAGGGAAUCCUUAUCUCUAAAGGCCGGAAUUUACAACUACAAAAGGUAGAGGCUGCCUAAGCUGUGCAUCGCAAUUGAAACCCUCUCACAAGGUAAUUGAAUUUGAAAGCUUCGCAUUUCUUCUCUUGUUGUCUCUCUCUCCGGUGUCGCAAGGUAUUUCUGCCGCUGGGAAUUGCAAUUUAAUUUGAGAUCUAUAGAUUUGAUGUUAAAUAUUUGAUUUUUUGUGCUUAAAUGUGGCUGGAAAUUUGAAUUGAAUUUGAGAUCUAUCCAAUUGAUGUUAUAUAUUUAGCAGUACUUUUUUGAUAAUGUGGCUGGAAAUUUGAAUUGAAUUUGAGAUUUUUGAUGUUUAAGAUUUGAUUUUUGUGGGUGUUAGAUGCUGGGCUAUAUCUGUUUUUGGUGAAUAUAAGUAGCUCAGAUUUGUCUGCUUUGUUUUGCCCUGAAUCAGGGCAAACGGUUCUAUUUUAGUUAUGAUUAAAUAAAAAGUACUACUAAAGAUUGGAUUUUUUUUAUUUCUAUGCUUGUUCUGCAUCUGCCAAUCUCAUAUUUUUUUUCAGUUAUUGAUGAAGAUCACUAACUUUUUGGAAAGGGAUUCUGCUAUAUGUGUGUCUCGGUGUGGCAUAAUGAAUAAAAAUUCCCCUGCUGCACUCAGAACAAGUAACAGAUAUUUCGCCAAAAAGGAUUGGUUGUGGCGUUUAGCUGUAAGAAAACAACGGAAACGGCGUGUAGCUCUAAGAAAAGAAUGGAGACAUUUCUCCAAAAAGGAUCUCUUGCGGCGUUCAUCUGUAAUAGAAGCACAGAAGCCGAAAGAUAGCCGUGUUGCUGUAAGAAAAGAACGGAAACGGAAAUAUAUUUUGGCAGCAACCAAGGAAGAUCUGUUUGCAAAUCUACCAGAAGAAAUCACGAAAGAGAUCAUGGGAAGACUCCCAAUUAUGAGCGUUAUGACGUGCAAGUGUGUUCUUAAAUCAUGGCGCCAUCUUAUUGAGGGGGAUGAGUUUGGGAUGUCGUAUACUCCCAAACUAGGCCUAGCUUUCGUUUAUCGAGACAUGGAAAUGCGGUACAAUGUCUGCAAUGAGGCCUUAAAGCCACUCUUCCGAUUCGAUUCACCUUCUCACAUUCAAUUUUCUGCUAGUAACUAUCGUGUUAUAGUUGCUUCAGCUAAUGGUUUGCUUUCAAUGUGGGAUCGAUGGGCUAAAGUUAUAUUUAUAUGCAAUCCAAUGACUCGUGAGUAUGCCGAGCUUCCUCCUAUAUCUACUAGUAUAAUUACUUCCUUUUCUGGAUUUGGAAUGAGCAAAAUAAGUGGACAAUAUAAAAUUUUAUAUGGGAAUCGGUAUAGUUGUCAUGUAUACACUAUAGGGAGAGGCAAAGGGUUGUGGAGAAGCAUCGCAGCAGCACAACGAGGCAUCAAUAACCUGCACCGUGGUUGUGCUGCAUUUUUGAAUGGAAAUCUUCAUUGGUUGGCAUAUGAUUCGGAAGAUAAUUUCUUCGUUUGUUGCUUUGAUAUUGAAACUGAGCUCUUUACCAGUUUUUCAAUUCCUUGUGAUUACAAUGGCAAAAGCCAUGGCAACAAUCAGCUAUAUAUUUUGGAGGGUCGGCUAUAUUUAUGCAAUAUUUUAGAUUGGCAGCGUGUUGUUAUUUGGAAAAUGAACAACUACGGGGAUGAGAAUUCAUGGAUAAAGGAAUAUGACUUCAACUUGCCCGAAGAAUUUCCACAUGUGUACGUGCUCGAAGUUUUGGCGAAUGGUGACUUGCUGUUUACAGAAGCAGGUGCUUGUUCUUUUUCCUCAUGGGAUCAACUAUUUAUCUAUUCCAAAAACACCGGAGCUGUUGGAAGAUAUGUGCCAAGAGGGAGACCGCACUUGAAAGUUUUGAAAGCUCUGCAUAGCAGAAUCCAAACACCGCUGGAAAUUGGAAUUGAAUUCGAGGUAUAAUCUAUAAAAUGGAGACAGCCUCUUCCUUUCGUAGUCUCAACAAAUUUGAAUACUUCAUUCGUGAAUUAUGUUAUUUCAUACAAAUUUGAAUACUUCAUUCAGGAAUUAUGUUAUUUCAUACAAAUACUUCAUUCGUGAUU